AUGCUUGUCGUUGUUUUAUUCAUAUUAAUUUUUACCCCAUUAUCACAAUCCAGUGAUUCUCUUCUUCCUACGUACAAUUCAUCAACUCAUUGUCAUCAUCUGACUCUCAGUGAUGAAAAUCUCACUUUUGCUCUUUGUCUUCAACGUGCAUCAGAUAAACAAUAUCCAUUUAAUUUUUACACGUCAUCAUCAUUUUGUUCAAAAUCUUAUCCACCAGAUGGUCAUUUAGUUGAUUUAUUGUCUUUAUCUUCAUCAACAGUUGAUUUACUUUUUCAAAGUUUAGCAAAUCUUCUAAAGUCAAAUGAUCCUAAUAUCGAUUUACCGGAACCAAAAUUUUUUUGGAUAAAUUCAAAUCUCACACAGACUUUAACAAAUAAUAAAUUUCGGUGUCCAAAUCAAUGUCAAGGAAAAAAUGACUCAGACAAAUUUUUGAUAUUAAAAACACUUUGUCAAUAUAAUAACGAUAGUAAACCAUGUAUUACAACAAAAAAUACACAUUGGAAUCGUGCACCAUUUAUUUGUUUGACAAGACAAAUAAUAAACUCGGAAAAACAAAUAUCAUCAGAGCCUAUUCAUGUUUCGCCAACUUAUUCAAAUGAAACAAUUAUGUUCUAUGAUUCAACAUCAUGUAUCAUUGUUCGUACGCGUACACAUCAAUAUACAUUUUGUAUUCGUCGUCAAUCAUGUCCAGAAUCAAAGACACAUGCAUAUUGUACUAGUAGAAUUGAUGCACAACGUAUAUGUCAGGAAGAAAAAAACGGUUCGAAUUUAUUAACAAUAGAAAAUGAUGAUGAAUUUCAACUUAUAACUGAUGUACUAUCUCGUUAUUCCAAUGAAUCAGUACUUAUUAAUUCCGGUGAUUAUGCAGAUCAAAAUGCUUUGCGUGCACAAUGGUUGUGGAUUGAUGGAAGAAAAGGUUUUGAUAAUAUUUAUCGAUGGAACAUAAAUAAUAGAUUUUCCACAGCAAUACCAGAUAAAUAUUGGUGUGAUGGUAAAGCAAAUUGUCCAGGUGGCAAAGGACGUGAUCAUGUUGUUUUAAGUAUAAAUUGUCAAGCAGAUAUCGAAAUUUUUCAAGCUUGUCUAGCAUCAAGACUACAAUCAAAUCCAGGACCAUAUAUAUGUAAACGAACAUUGCAAAAAAACGAAGAAUCAGUUUUAAACUAUACUUAUCUCCGAGAUUUAAUUAUGUCUCCUACGACAACACCUAUUCCUAUUUCUACAACGCCAAUUCCUACAGCAACAACAUCUACUCCAACUACAACAAUACCUAUUCCUACUACAGCAACGCCUGUUUCUACUACAAGAACAUCUAUUACUACUACAACAAAACCUAUUGCUACUAAAACAAAACCUAUUACUACUACAACAAAACUUAUUACUACUACAACAACACCUAUUCCCAUUGUGCCAGUUUAUGAAAAAAAUUUCACAUCAAUUUAUUAUGAUGAACAUCAUUGUUUAACUGUUCAAACACGUUCUCAUUUGUAUUCAUUUUGUUUACGUCGACAAAAUUGUAUAGCAAGAAAAGCUUAUUGUACGAAAUGGAGCCUAGCUCGAAAAGAUUGUACAGUAUUAAAAAAUCAAGCACAAUUAUUAACUAUUGAAAAUAAACAAGAAAGAACAUUAGUUACACAUAUUAUGAAACAUUAUUUAAAUGAAACACGUUUAACAUUUAAUGGAAGUUCAUAUCUUUAUUAUCACUUAGCAGAUUUUAUAUGGAUUGAUGGAGUUCGACAAGCUGACAAAAAAACAUAUUUAUGGAAUAAUGAACGUGAUUCUAUACCAAAACAUUUAUGGUGCCCGAAAAACGAAUGCAAUUCAAAUAAACAUGAACGUGUUAUGUUGAAUGUAUUAUGCAAGAAAAAUAAUUCAUUACUUUGUUUGGGUACACGUAUUGAAUGGCAUCCAGCACCAUAUGUAUGUAAACGUGUACGAUCUAAAGAUAAAUGUCCAAUUUUAUUUGAUAAAAUACGUAAUAUAGAAUCGAAUGAAAUGUUAAUUGUGACAAUAAAUCGAACAGUAGUAUUUAUUACAUGUAAACAUCCAGAGUAUAAUACAGAAAUAAAAGUACAAUAUGAAUGUGAUAUUAAAACAAAUCAAUGGAAAUUAAUCUAUGAAAAUGUCAAUUUUAUUUGUCCUAAUUAUGAUGUUCCUUCGACACCUGCAUCAAUUAUUGAAAUUCAAUCAUCUCAGACGAUCCAUAGUUCAACAUCAUAUCCGGCAUCGAAUAAUUUAUCAUAUCCAAUACGAAAUAUUUCAUCAUAUACAACAUCGAGUACUUUAUCAUAUUCAAUACAGAGUACUUUAGGGCCAAUAAAAGAAAAUGAUUGUUCACAAUCGGAACUCUCAUCAAUAAUACUUCGUUUACCAACUGAAUCUCGUAAUAUUUAUUCACAGAAAUUAGUAUCUUAUUCAUCAUCAUCUUAUGAUAUGAGAUUAACAUGUUAUUUUAAUCAUUCAAUUCAAAUAACUUAUCGUUGUAAUUUAUUAAGUAAACAAUGGAUCUAUGUUCAUGGGAAUAUAAAUCGUUUUCAAAAAUGUUAUCAAACAUGUAGUAAUAAUGAACGACAUGAAUUAUUAAAUAAAUAUUUUACACAAUAUCAACAAGCAAAAAUUCGUACAAUAUAUAUACCAGAAAGAAAUUCAUUACGUGUAUCAUGUUUGAAUAGAGCUAUAAAACGACGGAUAGCAAUUAGAUAUAAAUGUGGAACAAUGACAAUAACAACACGACAAUGGUAUAGAUUAUAUUCAUGUUUUCAAUCUACUAUAGAAACAGAACUGCCGAGUAAGUUUAUAUUGACAUAG